ACGGCAACUAAAUAGAAUAUGCUAUGAUGCUGCUGCUGCUAUAUAUUGAAACUCAUGAUUCGCCGUUGUCGUUGCCCCAAACAUUAUUUAUAGGUGUAAUGAUCAUAAAAAAGGUAGCAUCUGUAUUUUAUUAAUUAUCGGGAUCAAAAAAAGAAAGGCCAAUCUUGAUAUUUGAAAUGGAUUUCUCUUCCAACUAAUGCUUUGAGGAGAGAAACAUUUUGUAUUUGCAAAUAUGAAUAGAAACAUUGAUGAUGAAAGUGUUCGUCCACUAUUUUCCUUGUCUUUGAAGAAACUUUCCUUUAUAACAGUUGUGUUACCCCUUGUGUCUAUGGUAUUUUGUUUUGUUACCUCAAUGAUCUUCAACUUUGAGUUGGUGAACACUACAAUUUGCCAAGUUUUCAACUUUUGCCCAUCUGUAAGUGCAAUAACUGGUAUAUCUCCUCAAAGAUAUAUAUGGAGAAUAGGUGUGGCUCUCCAUUCAACUCCCCGUCUUUUGUUGGCUUCUGUGUAUUACAGCCAUUAUGUUAGAAAAACUAAGAAUGUUAAAGAAGAAUCAAAGUCUCUGUACAUGCACAUUGUAACGCUGAAUUAUUGGUUUCAUGUUACUGAAAUAAUGGCUCUGGUAGGAGUUACAUACAUCUCAAAUAAAGAAAAUUAUCCUGUCCAUGAGAAAAUAUUCAUCACCUUUAUGGCUUCUUCCAUUUCUUACAUGUUAAGUACCUGUGUUCUCAGUUACAUGAAUAAGUCUUCAACUCCAACACAUUUGGAAAAGCUGUCAUACAGAACAAAACUUUUCCUUUGUGUGAUCAUUGCUCUUACAUCAGUGGGCAUGAUGUAUUUCUUUUAUAAACAUCGAGUGUAUUGUGAAGAACUUGCAUUCAGUUGGUUUGCCUUAUGUGAGUACGUUAUAUGUUUUGCCAACAUGGCCUUUCAUGCUACCAUAAUAUGGGAUUUGCCUGAUGAAGAAAUUGUGAUUUGCCUUCCACUGUCGCACAGUUCACCAAAUUGUCAAGAUAUGACAAAAAAGAAUGAAUGAAAGUAUAUUCUAGUUUAUCCUGUACUUAAUACUGUAAAAUUGUACAUAGAAUUUUUCACCUGAUCACUUGUUUAAUUUAAAGACUUAACAGAAAUUGUAACAAUAUAUCUAGGAGCAUAUUUUUAAAACUAGAACACUGCAUUUUGUGAUAGACACUUGUUUGUUUUGUAAAUUCCCUAUUAUUGUAAGAUAUCUGGUGCUUUCA